AUGCCGGCAGAUAUCCCCGAUGACGUCAAGAAGCAGUUGAUGAAUGACCCGAAGGUCCAGAAAGCCUUGCAAGAGCAGGCGGCAAAGACGGGCAAGGACGCCAUGGCAGCGCUGCAAGACCCGGAGGUGCAGAAGAUGAUCAUGGACACCUGCAAAGAGAAGUUUCCGGAAUAUGCGUCUCAAGCACAGGCGAAGAUCAAAGAGUUCUGCAACGACCCGGAGGUUCAGGCGGCCGCGAAGAAGUAUGCAUCUAUGGCCGGAGCGUAUGUGAUGCAGGCCGGCGGUGCCUUAGUUGCUCAGAUCGAGCAGGGCCCGGCUGGGGUGCGAUUCCUUUGCUUCUUGGCGAGUUGCUUCUCCCUGGCAAACGGCAUCCUGAAGCUGAUUAGCAUCAGUCGUAUCACGAGCGAGCCUGUCAAGUAUGUCCUGUCGCUGUAUCAGGUGCUUUUCAGCGUGACGACGAUGCUGUUUGAAGCCCCACCGGAGUACAUCGCCAAAGUGUCCGGCCUGAGUGGCUACCAGGACCUGCUGAUGGAGAAGUGCAAGUUCCUGUCCGAGACCAUCGGGCGUGGCGGCUUCUACAUCUUUCAGGGAACUCUCUGGCUCUGCUUUGCGUCCGUGGCUUGGAGGGUCGGGUUUUGGGCACUAUUGGGAUUUCUCCGGGUAUGUCAAUGUCAUCCCCAAGCUUGA